AGGAGAGAGUGGCUGUGGCUGUGGCUUUGGCUUUAUUUACUCCUAAAGAAUCGUUCAGCCGAGCUUGACCUCUCCUGCCCCACUCUCCAACGCCUCCCGUCCCGAUUAAACCCUACUCUCUCUCUCCGCCUCGCGUCUUUUCCGCCCCCCUCCCUCUGGAAAACAAUCCCGGGGCCGACGGCCGGAAGGAAAUCCGUAGAAUUCGUCCGGGGAUCUUCGUUUUUUUUUUGUUUUCCCUUGCGCGGAGGGAUUUUGAUGGAGGUGGCGGCGGCCGAGUGCGCGGGCGGCGGCCUGCGGGAGGUCAAGAAGGAGGCCGCCGCCGCCGGCGACGUGUUCCUCGUCGACGACCUCCUCGACCUGCCCUGCGACGACGACGGGGAGGAGGAGGACGAGGCGGCGGGGUUCGCCGACGGGGCCGACUGCAGCGCCGGCGGCGCCGGCAACGCGUCGGCCGACUCCUCCACCGUCACCGCCGUCGACAGCUGCAGCAACUCCCUCUCCGGCGGCCUCGCCGACGGCGACUUCUCCGGCGGCCUCUGCGAGCCGUACGACCAGUUGGCGGAGCUGGAAUGGCUGUCCAACUACAUGGGCGACGACAACUUCCCCACCGAGGACCUCCGCAAGCUGCAGCUCAUCUCCGGCAUCCCCUCGGCGUCCUCCCAGACGGCGCCCAAGGCCGCGGCGCCGGUGCAGCCUUGUGGCGGCGGCGGUGUGGCCUUGUGGCGCUCGGAGGCUCAGGCGGGGCAGGUGGCUGUUCCGGGCAAGGCGCGCAGCAAGCGGUCCCGCGUGGCGCCGUGCAACUGGUCCUCCCGCCUGCUCGUGCUCCCGCCGGCGCCGGCCUCGCCGCCCUCCCCGGCGUCCGCGGUCAUCUCGCCGUCCGAGUCCGGCACGGCCUUCCCGCUCUUCCCGAACAAGAAGCCCGCCAAGUCGUCCAAGAAGAAGGAGGCGCCGGCCGCCCCCGCCAUGACCGCCGCGGAGGCCGCGGCCGCGGAGGGGAGGCGGUGCCUGCACUGCGAGACCGACAAGACGCCGCAGUGGAGGACGGGGCCGCUGGGGCCCAAGACGCUGUGCAACGCGUGCGGGGUGCGGUACAAGUCCGGGCGGCUGGUGCCGGAGUACCGGCCGGCGGCGAGCCCGACGUUCGUGCCGUCCAAGCACUCCAACUCGCACCGCAAGGUGGUGGAGCUGCGGCGCCAGAAGGACGCUCCGCCGACGCAGCAUCAGCUCCUGCACCAGCAGCCGCAGCAGCACCAGCUUGGGCAGGGCCUGGGGUUCCACGUGCCGAGCCCGCUGCUGUUCGACGGGCCGGCGGCGCCGCACCUGGGCGGCGGCGCGGAAGAGUUCCUCAUCCGCAACCGCAUAGGCCCCGACCACCGGCAGCUCAUCUAGCUUAGCUAGCUAGCUAGCGCGGCCCGCCUAGGAGGAGGAGGAUCGUUUCCUUAGACCAGCAGCAAUAAUUCAGCAAGAAGAAGAGCCAGCGGCAGUGCCCAGCCGAAACUUUUUUCUAGGAGUUGUUGUUUCUCCGGAUUUUAAUUUACCUUUUUUUUCCUGAGACCUGUAUGCUUGCUUGCUUGCUACACUCUCCGUGCUUCUCAGCUCUCGAGUUCCUUAGAAACUAAUCCUAGGGUGGAGUUUGUUUUCCUUCCUUCUCUCUUUUUUCCAUAGCCUUCUUUUCUUUUUGCCCUUGCAUAGAUUUUCUUUUUCAUCUUCAUUUCUUGUAACGCAGUGCAGGGUUCAUAGCCUAGAACAAGAGGGAGUAGACAACAACAACAAGUAGCACUAGCAAGCAUUGUUAAGUUAAAAGCUAUACUACUGCUCACUGCUGAUUUUCUUUCCUUGUUUCAAA